AGUCGGGUCUGUAGCUCACAUUCCCUCCCCCCUAAAGGCCCCUACCACUAAGAAUCCUCCUCACUCCCGUCCUCUCUCCUCCAGCUCCUCUCUCUCCUCCGGCCUUUUCCCUCUCCACUUGCAUUUGCAUUGCAUUUCGCCCAUUUCCAUCCAUCCACCAACCUCAGCCGGCCGAGCUCCUGUUUUCGCCCAUCGUCAAUUUCUCCCCUCGAAAGUCGCUCUUUUCUGCUGCUCGACCUGAGCUCGACUUCAACCUGAGUAUCGUCGCCGCUUCCCUCGAUUCAUCUAUCGACACCGCCCCUUGGCCCUCGGUGAUCGUCCAAUCUCACCUCCCGUCGCGCGUAAACCAUCCGACAACAAAAGUUGACUGGUCGAUCACGAUGAACUCUCAAGGCAACAACGAUGUCUCCCCCGAGGCUAUGCAGUCGCGAAUUCAGCAGGCUCGUCGUGAAGCUGAAACUCUGAAGGACCGAAUUAAGAGGAAGAAGGAUGAUCUCGCCGACACAACUCUUCGUGCUGUCGCACAACAGGCUCAUGAGCCUAUCCCUAAGAACCAGCUUAUGAAAGCCAAGCGAACACUGAAGGGUCACUUGGCAAAGAUUUACGCCAUGCACUGGUCGACCGACAGGAGGCACCUGGUUUCUGCUUCUCAAGAUGGCAAGCUCAUCAUUUGGGACGCCUAUACCACCAACAAGGUCCACGCCAUUCCCCUGCGCUCCUCCUGGGUUAUGACUUGCGCCUAUGCUCCCAGUGGUAACUUCGUGGCUUGCGGUGGUCUCGAUAACAUCUGCUCCAUUUACAACCUGAACCAGCAACGCGAUGGCCCUACCCGUGUUGCCCGUGAACUCUCUGGUCACGCUGGUUAUCUUUCUUGCUGUCGAUUCAUCAAUGACCGCAGCAUCCUAACAUCUUCUGGUGACAUGACCUGUAUGAAGUGGGAUAUUGAGACGGGCCAGAAGGUUACUGAGUUUGCUGACCAUCUUGGUGAUGUGAUGAGCAUCAGCCUUAACCCUACCAACCAAAACACCUUCAUCUCGGGUGCUUGUGAUGCUUUCGCCAAGCUUUGGGAUAUUCGCGCUGGAAAGGCCGUCCAGACCUUUGCUGGCCAUGAGUCUGAUAUCAACGCCAUCCAAUUCUUCCCUGACGGACACUCUUUCGUGACCGGAUCUGAUGAUGCUACUUGCCGUCUCUUCGAUAUCCGCGCUGAUCGCGAACUUAACCUUUACGGAUCCGAGUCUAUUCUCUGUGGUAUCACCUCGGUGGCUACAUCUGUAUCGGGUCGCCUUCUUUUCGCUGGUUACGAUGACUUUGAGUGCAAGGUUUGGGAUAUCACUCGAGGCGAGAAGGUUGGCUCUCUCGUUGGCCACGAGAACCGUGUCAGCUGCUUGGGUGUAAGCAACGAUGGCACAAGCUUGUGCACAGGAUCUUGGGAUUCUCUGCUUAAAAUCUGGGCCUACUAAUUGUUCUUUGCGACUAUGAACCUUUUGUCUGGAUAUAUAAAUGCCAGUACGUGCCGCGGCGACUAUACCAUCUGUGUUCGAACGACUAUAUUGCCCAUCGAAUCCGAAAUCCAAGGACACCUACCUUGAUCGCGACUACUAGCGAAUGCAGGACGACGUGACGAACCGCACCUUACCUUUAACACAUACCCCUACCGACGACUUUCCCCAGCCGGACUCGAUCAUUCGUGGUGGACUUGGGGAAGAAAAUACACUGGCUGAUGCGAUACCUCCUUUUCAUUAUUCCCUAUUUAUUGUUUUCCCCGUUUCAUGUUUUUCUCGCACCUGCAAAAUUCUCUGCACCAUAGUUCCCCUUUUCUGACACAACGCGGGCUGUUAGUAAUGGGUGGUUGUAUUAUUGGAUGGGUUUCCUCUGUUCAGUUGCCCUUUGUAUGCGUAUCGACUCGACGGCACAUGUCUUUCGGUUCCGGGCCGUUUCUACUGCAAACGAAUAAUUCAAGGAGCCAAGAUCUGCAAUGCCGUGGGGGACGAUUUUAUGUGAGGGGAAUCCAUAGGAGUUGACGGCUAUACCGAGCAAAAAUUUCAGACCUCGAGAUAAUACAUCAUGAUGUUUCAAAACUUUACGCCUUUUCUCCUGCCACUACGAAUCUUGGCCAAUUUCCCCAUUGCUGUGUCAACUUGAGGUCUGAGUCUUGGUGCUGAGCACGAACUUGAAAGCUCCGACUGGAUCACUGGUCUCGACGAGUAAGGAACGUUCAAAUAAACUGUUUAUCGAAUCUGUAUGGCAAAGGGUUUCCAGCGGGGUCAGGGCAAGUUCUGACAACGGUAUAUUGAUGGCACACCUGCUGGUAUCGCUAUUGCUAUCUCAUCACUGUUGCUUCCGACAGUUAUUACCAUUGGGCAGGCUUUGGCUAGGAGAGCUUAGUGGAACACGAUCACUAAAAAGGUAGACAAGCGUCACCAGUCGCAUAGUGUAUUUGCUGUCGGACGUGUGUGUAAAGUAAUGCAGCUACUAUAUAUGAUACGUAGGUGCUGUAGAAGGAACGAAAUAGACAUUCUAAUAAAGUUGCACGUCAACAUUCCGCACUUAUCCCGUUUUUCUUGUCCGGAGGCUUGACAUAAUGUGUGGAAAUUGGUUUAUGAUAUAAGGGACAAGUGAGCUUUACCUACAGGUUUCUGAUGAUACAACGAGACUGGGGAUCUACGAGUUUGUGG